AUGAUUGUGGAUUAAACUCUAAACCUUAUGUGCUCCAGGUAUGAAAAUUAGGGAAAAACAUUAACCGUAUUUUGAGUUUUCAAAAUUUAGAUCUUGACAAAUGAGUAGAUUCAGGACCUCAUAAUCAAAUUACUAACACAAUUGAAUCAUUGAGAUCAUCUUCAAUGAUGGGAAACGAAGUAUAUAUAAAAAGUAUUCUGAAUUUGAAGUUUAGUUUGUUCCCUCUUUUGAUGGUUUAUAAGGGGAGGUCAAUUGUUAAAUAAUAUUCAAAGAAAUAGAAGAAAAAUAAAAGAAAUAGGUAAGUUCUUAACACUAUUUGAUGAAAAAGAUAAUAAUUAAAAUUUUGUUUCAAUAGUAAUUGAUACUACUAUUCCUACAUUUGCCAUUAAAGAAAAUUCAUAAAGUGUUAAUCCAAAUUUAGGUUUCUUAAGACUUAUUGCUUUUCCUGAUUGUAAUUUUACAUAUUCAAUACCAUUAACAAACAAUUUAAUGGGUUUAUCUGAUAACAUCAAAAACAGUUGAUACCAAAUAUAUGGUGAGAAUCUCAUACUAGAGCUAGAAAAUGAAUUAGCAUCCUUUAAUUUGGAUACAUUGA